AUGAGUAAUGAUACAGGCAAAGCACAUUGGGACAUGAGCACCACAGGUGUUUUUCUCAAAAUAUGUGUUGACCAGAUUUAUAGCAAACUUUGUCAAGGAUCUUCAUUUACAAAACAAGGUUGGGACAACAUUCAUAAAACUUUCAAUGAAAAGACAGGAAGAGGAUAUGAAAGAAAGCAACUGAAAAAUAGGUUAGAUAACUUAAGAAAAGAGUGGAAGACAUUUGAUAAACUAAUUGUUAAGGAGACCAGUAUAGCAUGGGACCCUGAAAGGAACACAGUGGUGGCAUCUGAUGAGUGGUGGGAGAGGAAAUUACGGGAAAAUCCAGCAUAUGAAAAGUUUAGGCACCAUGGGUCAAGGUUUCACACUGAAUUGGAAACUAUAUUCAAGGACAUUAUGGCAUGA